AGCUUGACCUCCCUAUCAGCCAGAGGGGAAACGAAGGCAUAGAAAUACAUGUCUCGAUCCUGAGCUGUCUGGAGCUGGAAGCUGUCUUCCAAAUGCUGCAAACCACCGUGCCUCUUAAAUUGUUGAAAUAUGGUUGUAUUUUCUCUCACUCUCGUCCGACAUGGUGAAACUACUGCAAACAAAGAUGGAAUCAUUCAAGGGCACCGAGAUGUUCCCUUGUCUGAGGUUGGCAUGGAGCAAGCAAAUCUGGUGGCAAAGCGGCUUCAGAAUGAACACUUCACACAUAUUUUCGCCAGUGACCUGAAGCGGGCAGCAGAGACAGCUCAGGCUAUUGUUAAGGCCGGACCAGAAAACCACUGCCCCAUCCAGCUGGACAAACGACUAAGAGAGAGAACUUUUGGAGAUUUUGAAGGAAAGACUUUUAAAGAUUUAACUGACGCUGCCAAAAAGCAAAAUGUUUCCUGGGUGCAGUUUACACCAAAGGGAGCUGAAAAUUUUGAAGAUGUAAGAAAUCGAGCAAUAUCAUUUUUCCAUGAUUUAUGUGAGUUGGUGGGAAAACAGGACUUGGCAGUGGAUGGGGAAUACACGCCAGCAUCCAUCAAGUCAAAGCGGCGUCUUGACAAUGGCCUCAGCAAUGGCAGUCAGCUUUCGGGAUGUUGCAUCCCAUCAAGCACAAGACCACAGCAAGUGCCCCUUGUGUGUGAGAAAGAUGUGUGCAACAGUGGCAGCGAUAGCCUUAAUACGGUUAAUCACAGCAGCCACAACCAUUCAUCAUAUCCCAGUAGAGACGGCAUCGAGCCUAAGAGGCCUCGAACUGCCCGUGAUUUUUUACUCGAUUUGUGGGAUUUAGAACCAGCCUCAACAGAUGAGGAAAAGCAUAGCCCAUUUGCAGUGGGAUUUUCUGAUAGUUAUGUAAUUAAUCAAGCGGUAGAUGAAGCAUGUUUGGCUGACAUGUUCUGCACAGACUUAUCCCCCUCCACCAUGGCUCGCUCCAACUCGUCCGCUUCCUCGGGCUGUUCCAGCCUUCAGGACAGUACAGAGUCACAGGAAGCAUAUGUGGACUUGCCUACUCCAACAGAAGACACGGAUUCAAGUGAUGUAGGACUAGGACAACUUCGCACCCAAACCAGUCCAGCAUCUGAAUCUGCUGGGGCUUCAGACAGCACCAGAGCCCAUGGGGUGAGCAAGGAAGGUGAGUGCGUGUCUACUGCCAGAGAUCCUGGGUGUGUCCAGGGCCUCACCUAUUUUGCCAGCAACUCCACCAUCACUUCGUCAGCUGUGCAAGGGUUUAAAGGGACAAGCCAAGAUUGGUCUGUGUUUGACAGACAGUCAGUAGCAAUGUUUACAUUAUCUUCCUCCUCAUCAUCAUCAUCUUCAUCACAGUUGGCACAGAUGUGCCCCAAUGUUUCGCUCUCCCCUCUCCUGGAGCACCGCUUGUCGUCACUGUCCUCUGUGUCAUCAGGCCGCAACAGCAGCUUUGAUGAUGCUGAUGCCAUACCAACAGUGGUGGCUGACGUGCUGGUGGUGAGCCACGGGGGAUUGUUAAAGGAGCUGGUGGCUCAUUUCAUUGAUGACUUCCACUGCAAGGUGCCUGGGGGCAAGUCCCAUGCUUUGCGCAUCUGCCCCAACACAGGUGUGUCGCGGUUUAUGGUGACACUUGGACCGCCUGGACAGCCACCUGCCAUUACGUGUUUGCUGAUCCAUGACAAGGACCACCUGAAGAUCCUGCAAAGUGCUGGUUCCACUACAUGGGAAAAAAGUUUACCGCCCAUUUGAUAUUUGUUAUAUCUUUUUUUUUACCCAUGGAGUGCCACUAGUCAAAUGGCAACAUUUCCAACAAGGUUAAUCUCGCCGUCACAUAACGCACAAUGCCAUUUGGCCCAGGCUCUUCCUAAAUGUCUGGAUGAGAGUGAAUGAGAAGCUUUGUUUGUUUGUUGUGAAGAAGCCUCCACAAGGUUGAUUGGAUGUCGUCACCUGCACUGUCAUUGUUUCUAUACCUGUGUCUGCAAGAACUGUAAGUUGUUUCAGCUAGGGUAAAAAGUGCUUUGUUGGUAUGGAAUGUACAUGUGCUUUUGAAUGCAGUUGUAUGAAAAUUUGCUCUUUAGAUAAUUUUUGUGAAAUGUUGGACUAGGAUUUGGGAAAAGGUCUUCUAAACUGAUUUUUUUUUUUAAAUUUUCUGACAAUUAGUCCUAACUGCAUGGUGUAGUUGGAGCAACCUAGGCAUUACAUGUACCAAUUGUACAUACAUUUAAUAUCUUGCUAUAACUAUGUAUGCAAUGAUUUAUAUAUGCAUAUAUAUAUAUCAAAUGAUCUGUGAAGUAUUGAUGCUUGCUGAUCAUGCUAGCAGCAGCAGCAAAAAAAAUAUUAAAUAAAUAAAAACUAUAAAAAGAGACAAAAUGUAGAAUACAUGGUACUUGUGCACUGAAGGUCUUUCUUUAAUUUACAUGUUGCUUACAUUAUGUGCAGAGCGCCUAUGUAAACUUGUACAUUUUUCAUGUGCCUUUUAGAUAAAGGUCUUUCUAGGUUGUAUACAUGUGUAGUUAUUGCAUGUAUACAUAAAAGUUGCAUCCUGUAUACAAUGCAUUUUGGUUCCCUAGAAGGGAAGGUCAACAUGGUUUUGUAUCAUGUCCUGCAUCUAAAUGCUCAUGGCUUAAAGCAUAAUUGUUUUGGCUUAGGAUUUUUUUUCCAGUACCAUUUACUUGCUUCGCAUAUUUCAUUGAUGGAAACAAAAAUCAUGCUGAACUUGCAGAAAAAGUGUGCCUGUGCAGGCGUGUUGCAUGCGG